AAGUUGGCGAGGGCCGCGAGGGGCGAGUGGCCCCAACUUGGGACCCCUCAAAACUUCCGUGGCCGAGGAGCCGCUGCUGCCCCUCUGCGCUCCGCUCUCCGCUCCGCUCUCCGCUCCGCUCCUCUCCUCUCGUUGCAGAUGUCGGGGGUGCUGGUGAUCGCUGCCUGGUGCUUCCUGCAAGUGGAAAGCCGGCACCCUGAAAUCAUCACGAGUAACAGCAAUCAUGGCAGUUUUCUGGACAACGACAAAUGGCUGAGCACCGUUUCACAGUAUGAUAAAGACAAGUACUGGAACAAAUUUCGGGAUGAAGUUGAGGAUGAUUAUUUCAGAAACUGGAAUCCAAACAAGCCAUUUGAUCAAGCCCUUGAUCCAUCCAAAGAUCCCUGCCUGAAGGUGAAGUGCAGCCCACACAAAGUGUGUGUCACCCACGACUACGAGACCGCGAUCUGUGUCAGCCGCAAGCAGCUGGUGCACAGCCUUCGACAGAAGAAAGGCAACUUGGCCCAGAAGCCCUGGGCUGGGGCAGCCAGCAUGGGCAGGUGCAAGCCCUGCCCCGCGGCACACCCCAGCGCGGUCUGCGGCUCCGAUGGACACAGCUACAGCAGCAAGUGCAAGAUGGAGUUCCAUGCAUGUACUUCUGGCAAAACCAUCACAGCUCGAUGUGAAGGGCCCUGCCCUUGCCUGCCAGGACCUGAAAGUUUAAAACACAAGAUGGAGAAGACUGCUUGCACAGACAAAGAGCUGAGGAAUCUGGCUUCGAGGCUAAAGGACUGGUUCGGUGCCCUUCACGAGGAUGCGAAUCGUGUCAUCAAACCCACGAGCUCGGAGACGGCACAAGGCAGAUUUGACACCAGCAUCCUACCAAUCUGUAAGGACUCCUUAGGCUGGAUGUUCAACAAACUUGACAUGAACUAUGACCUGCUGCUGGAUCCCUCGGAGAUCAGUGCCAUUUAUCUGGAUAAGUACGAGCCGUGUGUCAAGCCACUCUUCAACUCCUGCGAUUCCUUCAAAGACGGGAAGCUUUCCAACAACGAGUGGUGCUAUUGCUUCCAGAAGCCGGGCGGUCUUCCUUGCCAGAAUGAAAUGAAUAGAAUUCAAAAGCUAAGUAGAGGGAAGAGUCUGUUGGGUGCUUUCAUCCCCCGGUGCAAUGAAGAAGGUUAUUACAAAGCCACGCAGUGCCAUGGCAGCACGGGGCAGUGCUGGUGUGUUGAUAAGUAUGGCAAUGAGAUAGCUGGCUCCAGAAAGCAAGGCACAGUCAGCUGUGAAGAAGAGCAAGAAACUUCAGGGGAUUUUGGCAGUGGUGGAUCUGUUGUAUUGUUGGAUGAUUUGGAAGAGGAACCUGAAGCAACAAAAAAAGACAAAGAAGGGAAACUGAAGAUUCAUGUAAGAGCAGCUAAUGAAGAUGAUGAAGAUGAAGAUGAUGAUAAGGAUGAUGAAAUUGGUUAUAUAUGGUAGUGCCCAUCAAAAUGAGGACUCACGUUUUGCACAAUAUUGCAACUCACAUAAUAUCUCUGCAAUUGUAUCUGAGAGUACCUGGCACAAAUAUUCCCUCUACUGAGUUUAAUUUUGUAUAGUCAAUUUAAUUUGGAUGACAACUUUUUUUUCCAGCAAGGACUGUUUGGGAUACAGCUUUUGUUCAGUUGGUUUGGGGGAUUUUUUUUCUGUCCACAGGGGCAAUGAGUUUAGUUUCCCACAGGGGCAAUGAGUUUAGUUUCAAACCCAUUUUGUGUCUUAAUUAAUCCUCACUUGCACCAGUUAUGAAAUCCAUCCUGUGAAAGAAUCCUGGAAGGGUCUCAAAAAAAAAAAA